AUGACUAGUCUCAACUCCACAGAACAUGAUGCCCCCAAGCGAGAGAGGGCGGCCCAGCGAAGGGAAUGGGCAGCUCAACUGCAGGAGUCCCACAAGGAGGAGGAGACGCUACUGUGGGUGAAGGCUUCGUGGCAUGACCAGCUCAAUCAGCUCAAGGUCAAAGAGCAGGUCCUUCAAUCAGUUAUUAGCUCCAGAGAAGGGGAAGAGAUGACCCAUUCUUCACCUCUUACAGAGGAACCAGAAAAUACCUUGGUGCAGGUAGACAAUGAAACUUCCAUCAAUCAAAUUGAAUUAAAUCUAAGCACAAGAAACCAUGCUCAAGAAGAAAAGGAGGAGGAGGAAGAGGAG